AUGGCACCACACAUUCUUGAAGAACCCCACGGGUUCGACUCGCAGCCUUCCCAGGAGCGACGGCGCUCUCUGGUAGUUCGAGCGCCUUUGGACCAAUGGGCUGGAAUUUCUCUCGCUGACCUCUACGUCGGCGUCUCAAUCAAGACUGUGGACAGCGGAUGUGUAGAGAUAGGACUCUCCAUCCAUGAUGGUACCUACAGCAUCGACUUCUGUGUGCAGCGAGUAUGUCCUGGACGUGGGGAGACCAUCGGUACGGCGAUCAAGGAGUCGGUCCGCUCAAGCAUUGUUCACUACUCGGAGGAGCAUCACGGAAAGUUCGUCGGCGCGGGAAUCACCUCCGCGGUUCUAAAUGAGUGCGCCGACUUUCCGUCGUUCCUCUGGCAGGAGCUAGACAUCGUCGUGUUGGCGUUCGAUGUUGUUGAAACGAUGCCCGUGAGCAUCUUUCCCUAUAAAGACGACGAAACCGGUUUCGAUGACGCUCAGCAAGCCGCUAUGAUGGAGUUCGGCGUCGAUGAGCAGGCCGACUCUGCGGUCCGCAAGGCAAUCAUUUACUUCGGACCCCAGAACUUGCCCCCUCCGUCAAUCGGAUUCCGGAACAAGGUCGAGGUCGACACGGGUGGAAUGAUUCAUUUGGUGAGCAGCCUAGACGAGUACAAAGCUACCGUCAGCGACAAUACGUGGAAUACCGUUCUUCAUUAUGCAAACAUAAUGAAAAAGAAGAAGAUCAAGGUGGCCUUCUUCUCAGCGACACCUCAGGGCGGCGGUGUGGCUCUCAUGCGUCACGCUCUCAUUAGGUUCCUCAAGCUACUAGGAAUUCAUGCUUCUUGGUAUAUUCCUAAACCCAGUCCGACGGUCUUCAGAAUUACGAAAACGAACCACAACAUCCUCCAAGGAGUCGCUGCCCCAGAUGCACGAUUCACCCAAGAGAAGCAGGACAAGUACACGGAAUGGAUCACCUUCAAUGCCUACCGCUACUGGCUUUCUCGCGGCGGACCCCUGGCUGAGCACGGUGCCGACGUCGUAGUCAUAGACGAUCCCCAGAUGCCUGGCUUGAUUCCUCUGAUCCGUCAAACCCGUCCUGAAGUCAAGAUCAUCUACAGGUCGCACAUCGAGAUCAGAAGUGAUCUGAUCAACGUUGCCGGAAGCCCCCAGGAGGAGGUCUGGAAGUUCCUCUGGGAUCGGAUAAAGAUGGCGGACGUGUUCAUCAGUCACCCAGUCAAUAACUUUGUCCCGGCGGAUGUUCCCAAGGAGAUUCUGGCUCUGAUGCCGGCCGCUACGGAUUGGCUGGAUGGUUUGAACAAGCCCAUGCGACUGCCUGUCACGACCGAGGAAUGUAAGCUUCCCCCAUCUUCCUCUACCCGGGCCAAGCUAAAGUACCCGGCUCGUGAAUACAUCACCCAGAUCGCGCGUUUCGAUCCGAGCAAGGGCAUCGACACGGUCCUCGACUCUUACCUCAAGCUUCGCAAGCUCUAUGCUGACCAAAACCCCGUCCGGGUUCCCCCCCAACUUCUCAUCUGUGGCCACGGCGCAAUCGACGACCCCGACGCAUCGAUUGUCUUCGACGAAACCAUCCAACGUCUCGACCAGCCCGAGUUCGACGACAUCCGCGAUGACAUCAUCGUGAUCCGUCUGGGACCCUCGGACCAGCUCCUGGAUGCUCUCAUCACUUCGGCCAAGAUCGUCUUGCAGCUGUCGUCGCGCGAGGGAUUCGAGGUCAAGGUCUCCGAGGCGCUGCACAAGGGAAAGCCCGUGAUCGCUUGCCGUGCUGGUGGCAUCCCACUCCAGGUCCAGGACGGAAAGAACGGAUACCUGGUAAAGGUUGGCGAUUCGACCGCGGUGGCCGAAAAGGCGUUCGAACUCAUGAACGACAAAGUCAAGUAUCAGAAGAUGAGCGACUACGCCAAGAGUAGUGUCAGCGACGAGGUCGGAACCGUUGGUAACGCUGUUGCGUGGCUGUAUCUUGCCGCCAAGCUGGGCAGUGGCGAGAAGGUCCAAGGAGGCGAGGAGAGGUGGGUGGUCGACAUGGCGAGGAAGGAGGCGGGAAUCCCCUGGGAGGAGGGCGAGAAUAGACUGCCGAGAGGAGGUAUCAAGGUUACCACUACGGCUUAG